GUGCAUCAUUCACUUAAUUGCUCUCAUAACACUCGAUAACGAAUCCAUAUUAGUUAUCAGAAGUAUUAUUGUAUUAUCAGGUCGAUCUGUAGGAUUGACUAAAAAAAUAUACUUUUAGCCAUAUCAAGCACUGCACUUUGUGAUGCGGCGUCCCUGAGGUGGCUUGUACGUACGAGUGCGUAUGGCACGAAGUAUUGUGGAGAUACGAAUAGAAUAAAAAUAAUUUUCUGCACACAAAGCCGGAAGUCAUGCAAAUAAUGUGCGUGAUGUGUCUAACUCUAGUGUGUCAAGUGUGUGAAUAGUGAAGACUUAGCAGUAAACAUGACGGUGCCGCAGCUGGAAGAUGAAGUAGAAAAUCUCACAGCAGUAGUAGUAGUUGAUGAUUCGAAUUCCGUUGAGAAGCCAAAUUUGAAAGGAGAUUGGUUGAAUUUUUUCCUAUUAUUGUUGCUAUAUACAAUGCAAGGCAUACCGUUUGGUUUAGCAUCAGCAAUGCCGAUCAUUUUACAAAGCAACAAAAAUGUGUCUUACAAUGAUCAAGCUCUAUUCAGUUUAGUUGCAUGGCCAGAUAGCUUAAAAUUGAUAUGGGCCCCUUUGGUCGACUCGCUAUACGUACAAAAGAUGGGAAGACGAAAAUCGUGGCUCAUACCCGUUCAAUAUUUAAUGGGGGCAUGCUUCAUUUAUAUGGCCAGUAAUAUUGACGAAUGGUUGCCAGAAACACGGAAACCGGACAUACUGAAAUUGGUAUCCGUGUUUUUCUUCACGAACUUCUUGGCCUCCACUCUAGACAUAGUCGUCGACGGUUGGUCACUGACAAUGCUCAAGAAGAAUAACGUAGGCUAUGCAUCUACAUGCAAUUCAACCGGUCUAGUGAUGGGCAUGAUGAUGAGUUAUUUGUUUUUCGUCUUGUUGACGUCGGAAGACUUCAGCAACAAGUACUUACGGAUUAGUCCAGGUGUGGGAGGGGUGUUCACUUUGAAGAGUUUAUUCUAUGUCUUGGGUAUACUUUUUAUGUUAAUAACUACAUUGAUUGCAAUUUUUAAAAAAGAAAAAGAUAACAGAUUAGAGGACGACCACGUAAAACUCAACAUUAUUCAAAACUAUUCACUACUAUGGGACAUUUUAAAACUACCUAGUAUUCAAAUAUUGGCAUUAACACUGUUGACAGCAAGGAUUGGAUUUGCUGCAACUGACAGUCUGGCUGUUUUAAAGCUCAUUGAUGCAGGAGUACCAAAAGAGAACAUCAUGGUUAUAAAUACAACAAUUUUAGUUGUAAAAAUUACUGUGCCACUUGUCGUUGCGAAAUACACUUCUGGUCCAAAACCUUUGAAUAUAUACCUAACAGCAACAACCAUCAGAUUACUUUGGAAUAUUUCAUUUGUAGUGUUUAUUUAUUAUACACCAAAAUUGAUAACAAUGAAUGGGUUUGUUAAUAUUCCAGAAUAUUACUAUGUACUUUUAGUAUUUAUAUUAUCAAUACAUAAGAUUUUACCAAACAUUAUGGCUGUAUCUACAUUAUCUUUUUUUUCUCGAAUAAGUGAUUCACGUUUUGGUGGUACUUACAUGACAUUAUUGAAUACACUUUUAAAUUUGGGAGGAGCAUGGUCGUCUUCGGUUGCCAUUGGAAUGGUAGAUGUCCUAACGUUUAAACAAUGUUCUUUAGAUAACCAGAAUAAUUGCUCUACUGCAAAUCUAAAAAACAUGUGUAAUACAAAUGAAGGGGAUUGUGUUGUUAUAGUGAACGCCUAUUACGUAGAAACAACUGUAUGUACCAUAUUUGGAAUCGUUUGGUUUUGUAUUUUCAGAAUUAUCCUUAAAAAUUUUCAAACUAAGGGCCCUUCUUAUUGGUUGGUCAAUAUAAGGAGACCUUCCAGUUUCAGUUACGGUUUAUUAACCGGUGAUUUAAAGCUUUUGGUUUUGGUUCCUGUUACGGUGUUGAAAUAUGAAAAAACGCGAUUUUAACCGUUUUAACCGGUUUCGAUUCUUGUAUUAAACUAUAGUUAAAUGUUUAAAGUUGUUUUUUUUAGUUUUAAUUAAUGUUCUAUUUAAGGUUUAUAUGUUU